AUGCACUUCUACCAGAGGCGCUUCUUCGCGUACCUCCAUGGCAGCCCCAAUCUGCAUACGCUAAACACUGUAUCUUCUCAUACCUACACGCUCGUGACAACCGAUCGAUGUGUGUCACUGUUGAGGUAUGGAGACGAAGGCUACAGUCUUCAAAAGCUUGAGAUCGGUACAAAUCUUAACGAUGAAGUGGAAAUUAUGGCUAGUGCUGUCUUUGAGCGAUCCGCAAUGCUCCAAUCGCAAAUUGCAGUCGCAUACGCAGUCGGAGAAUCAUUCUUUUUGCAAAUAGUGUCCUAUCAUGACGAUUGUCUCGGCAAUGUUGUUGACUGUGGAAAGUUUGAGAUAGAAGCUGCUUCAGCUUGCAUGUUCAGUGUUAAGGCUGCAGGAUUGAAUGGAGACAUUUUUUAUGGCGUUAUCGUGUGUUGUACGGACGUUGUCAUGGCAUUUGGAUAUAUUGAGAACGAAAGAGACACAUCUACAACUACCUCUUCGGCUGUAUGCACCCGACUGGAUAAUGAACAGCUUGCUCUAUACUUUUCCGAACUUGCGACAUUCUCGCACACUAUCCUAACAGUGGACGUUUUUACCACGCCGGAGAAGGAUCAAGGAUGGGUCGCGCUUGGUUGUGCUGACGGUCUGGUACGUGUGCUCCAUGGAUCGAUGCACAGAGGGUGCCUUGGUGGACCGUAUAAGUCAAAAGAUGUGCAGCAAAAUGGUCCUGUGACGUCUGUUGCUCUCUUUCCCCAACAAACAUUUUCAAUGGAAAAUGAAUCUUCGACUUGGAUCUGUAACAUGCUUGUAACAUGUGCGAUUGGCCAGGCUGUCGUCUAUGAGGAUUUGUAUAGCACUUCUGACGAAGAUUGGAAUAAUGAGGUGUUGAUGGACUCGGAUACCUUUGAUACAAUCCUCGUUGGAAUUACUGCUGAUAUUGAUUUCGAUGGCAAGGUGGAAUUACUAUUGGGAACGGACAGUCAAGUGAUGCUCGCGUACAAGAUGAGUACCGAUAUCGAUGAAGAAGUUACCGAAGAUGUUAAAAGCGAUGUGUAUUCAAAUGACAGUGCAUCGCCUAGUUCGCAUGACAGUUCACAUAACAUCUGGAACGACAUAGAAACAAUGUCAGAUACAGGCGAAAAGUCUUGUCCGUCUGAACUUGCACGUUCAUUAAUUCCACGAAGAAAAUGGCAUCGAUUAUCUCGGAGGCAUUGGAAUUUGGAAACAUUUGGAUAUAUCUACAGUCUCUUGUGGCGAGAUAUCAAUGAUGAUGGCGUGCCAGAACUCAUCAUUGCUAGUUCUACUGGCAUUUAUGUUUACGAAGCCGACCCGAUCUUUGUCAUUGACAAGCUUCGUAAUGUACUGGCAGCAUUGGAAAUAUCUACAUAA